ACAAUUUAGUCGUCUUUUGGAGUUUUAAUAAUGUUGACUUUGAGGUUAGGAGCAUUAAAAAAGGUUUUAAAACCUAGCAAUUUGCGUUUUUUGGCCACACAAGUUCAAGAUGAUAUAAUUUUCGAAAAGUUGUUUGGUAGUGACACGGGUAUCGCGUUAUACGGUCUAAAUAAGCAAAAAGACCGAAACGCGCUUGGUUAUGAUUUAGUCAACGCCAUGAGAAGUGUACACAAACAAAUUAAAGAUGAAUCUAAAGUGUCUGUGGUUAUUUUCCAUAGUUUGGUGCCGGGGAUUUUUUGUGCAGGAGCAAACCUCAAGGAACGUUUAAAAAUGACUGAACAAGAAACAAUGGCAUUUGUAACCGAACUUCGUUCUCUUAGCUCUGAAUUAGCGUCAUUACCGGUUGCAACAAUCGCUGCGAUCGACGGCGCUGCAAUGGGUGGUGGGCUUGAACUCGCAUUGUGCUGUGACAUCCUUAUUGCUGCUGAUACCGCGAAGUUGGGACUUGUCGAAACAGGUAGAGGAGUGAUACCUGGAGCAGGCGGUACUCAAAGACUCCCAAGGCUGAUAAAUCCUCAUGUGGCCAAAGAGCUGAUUCUAACAGCCAAGGUGAUAGAUGGGAAGGAAGCUAAAACUUUAGGCCUAGUAAACCACGCUGUACCUCAAAAUUCAUCCAAAAAUGCAGCUUUUGAGAAAGCCCUAUCUAUUGCAAGAGACAUAAUACCAAAUGCACCAAUAGCCUUAAAAUGUGCCAAGCAAUCGGUUAAUGAGGGAUUACAAUUGCCUAUCGAAGAAGCUUUGAAAGUCGAAGAAAAAUACGUGAACCAAAAUGUGUUAACAGCUAAAAAGGAUAGAAAAGAAGGUUUGGUAGCAUUUCUAGAAAAGAGAAAGCCGGUUUAUACAGGAGAAUAGGAAAGAGUUAAAAAUCUAUAGAACUUAAAAAAGAAAGUUUAAGUUAUCUAUAAUUGGCAGUUGCAGGCGUCUAAGAAUUAUGUCAUCAUUAAGCGUAACAAUCUUCGGACUAUGGAGAUUUCUGGAAAGGGUUUAUUUUUGCUAAAUAACUAUAA